AUGACAAUUCUGAAAAUAUUUUCUCGUCUUGCUUCCAAUGACAGGGCUUAUUACAGUACUAAUCUCGUAGAAGGCUGCAUCACGAUGAUAAAGACAUACCAAAACGAGAAUAACUUUACAUACGACUGGAUAGUCCGGACACGUGUUGACGGUUACUGGUCUAACCCGCUCGACCCGGAAUACUUCAUACCGGGUCAGUACCUAGUCCCAUCUGGUUCCUCCUACGGUGGCCUCAACGACCGUUUCGGAGUCGGCGAUCUCAACACCUCAACAGUGGCUCUCUCCCGUCUCUCCCUAAUCCCCGACAUCGACUCAGCCGGUUUAACUCGUCUCAACUCCGAGUCUGCCUUUAAGGCUCAGCUCUCAACACACCGUGUCCCUUACGUAACAAAACAUAUCCCUUUCUGCAUCGUGACCGAUAGGACCUACGAUUUCCCUCCGUUUAGGUACGGAAUGCCCGUGGCUGCACUUUCGAGUCGUGGACCCUUGAACGGUGUCAAGUGUCGUCCAUGCAGGGUCGCAUGCAGCGGCUCGUGCGUGGCGAAAGUGAUGAGACGGCUGGAUAGAGGGUGGGGCUGGACGGAGUGGAAGAACGGGACGAUGGAGCUGUGCGACGCACGUGGGGAAUUAGAAAAAGGUUGGGAGAAGAUUUUUGACGACGUUGCCGGGGAAAAACUCGCACGUGCGAGGAAACUAGUCGGAGGUUUGGAUUUGAGGAGAUGUGUUGAAGAGUUUGAUGAGAUGAGAGGAAUGGCCGUUAAAUGGGAAGCUCCCGCGUCCGAACAGAUCUGUAGGUUGGGCUUAAGGCCUAAUUAG